UCGUCAGCUCCGGCCUCCGGGCAACGCGACGGAACAGCGCAAGAGAACAAGCCAAAAACGAGAAGCCGAGCCACACACACACCGCUAGCGCCGAGGCGGCGGAGGGGCACGAAAGAAUGGCAGGGAAACCCGGCAGUCUCAAGGGCGUCGCCCUCAUCAGCGGCGGCGGCGUCAACAGCUCGGUCGCCGGCGCCAUCCACUUCGUCCAAGACCCCUCCACCGGGCAUACUGAGGUGAGGGGGAAGAUCGCGGGCCUCGCCCCGGGCCUCCACGGCUUCCACAUCCACGCCUUCGGCGACACCACCAACGGCUGCAACUCCACCGGACCACAUUUUAAUCCUCAUAAUAAGUCCCAUGGAGCACCGAUAGAUGAUGAACGACAUGUGGGUGACCUGGGAAACAUACAGGCUAACAAUGAUGGCAUUGCAGAAGUCUUCAUAAAGGACUUACAGAUUUCACUAAGCGGGCCUCAGUCCAUACUCGGAAGGGCAGUUGUUGUUCAUGCUGAUUCUGAUGACCUAGGAAGGGGUGGCCAUGAACUCAGUAAAUCAACAGGAAACGCAGGAGCCAGAAUUGGAUGCGGUAUUAUUGGAAUUCAGCCUGCUGUUUAACGAAAAUGGCUACUGGAGUUCUUCGUGUUGGUGUCGUGCACAGGCAAUGAAGUAAUAGUGUCGUGGUUCUGGAGUUUGGACCAUUUGAAGAUUACAUUUUGAUGUAAUAGUACUAUGUUCAGUUAUGUAUAUGUAUGCAAUACUGUUACAAUCUGAGUAAAAGGAAGAAAAAAAUGAUUUGUACGAACUUGUAUCAAACUUCUCCCAAUCCUUGGCACGGUUCUUUUUCAUA